AUGUCAGAAGAAUUUUUCACAAACUAUUUAAUUUUAGUUCCUUUGGUAUUACUUAUAUAUUACUUGUAUUGUUUCGAGUUAAAAUUUAAUCAUUGGAAAAACAAAGGAGUUAAAUACGCAAAAUCCAUUCCAUUUUUUGGUAGCGUUGCAAGCGUCACACUUCUACGUGAAAAUGUUUCAGAAAAACUAAAAAAAAUCUAUAAUGAUUUUCCAAGAGAACGAUUCGUGGGAUUUUAUCAGUCGAAUACGCCAGUACUGCUCAUUCGAGAUCUCGAACUUGCAAAACAAAUUUUAGUGAAAGAUUUCCAGCAUUUUCCUAAUAGAGACAACUUCAGAAAAAUAAAAUAUGAUCCAUUGUCGGACAACUUAUUUUACAUGGAUGUUGCAAAAUGGAAGGAAUUACGCCAUGAGCUUGCCCCCGCUUUUACUUCAGCAAAAUUGAAGACUAUGAUGUCUACAUUGACAGAAUUCAGUUACGAAUUUAAUCAGUAUGUUAAAAAACUAGUUGCACAUGAUUCGCAAAUUGAUGUCCAAGAUCUUUGCAGCAAUUUGACUACCCAAGUUAUUGGUUCCUGUAUUUUUGGUAUAAAUGUGGAUGCAAUCAAUAACUCCAAAUCAAAAUUCAGGGAGAUGAUAGAUAAAGUAUUUCAACGCAGUUUUUAUCACUUAAUUCAAAGAAGCAUUGGAACAAUGUCCCCGUGGUUAUUUGCUAAACUUCACAUGAGAUCAAUGGAUCCUGAAGUUGAACAAUUCUUCGUAUCGGUUGUCAAGGAUAUAGUAAAUUACAGAAAACAAAAUGAUAUACAAAGAGGUGAUUUCUUACAAAUACUUAUAGAUCUCCGUGAGCAAAUUAAACCAGAUCUGACUUCUGGUUCUAAAUUAAGCUUUAUAAUGGACGACAAUUUACUGGCUGCACAAAUGUUUAUAUUUUUUGCUGCCGGUUUUGAAACGACUUCAUCGGCCAUGAGUUUCUGCUUAUAUGAAUUAGCUUUGAACGUGCACAUACAAAAUCGUCUACAGAAAGAAAUUGACAGAACUCUCUGUGAAAACGAUGGAAAACUGAGUUACGACGCGAUAAUGGAAAUGGAGUAUCUAGAUCAAGUUUUAGCAGAAACUUUGAGAAAAUAUCCUCCAUCAGGGUCCUUGAUUAGAAAAUGCGAGUCCAAAUAUACAUUACCGGAAACGGACGUGAUUUUAGAAAAGGAUGAUUUGGUAGUAAUUUCCGUAUAUGCAUUACACCAUGAUCCAAAAUAUUAUCCAGAGCCUGAGAAAUUUGACCCUGACCGAUUUACAAAAGAAAAUAAGGAAUCCAGAAAACAGUUCAGUUACAUUCCGUUUGGAGAAGGACCGAGAAUGUGCAUUGGACAGCGAUUUGCUAAAUUACAAGCAAAAAUUGGAUUGAUAUCCAUUCUUAAAGAUUUUGAAGUCAUUCUGUGCAAGGAGACAAAGAAACCAAUUGCUUUCCAGGCAGCAAAUCCAAUUCUUAGAGCUAAGAAUGGAAUUCAAUUAUCAUUGCAAAGCAGAUAUUGA